AUGUUUGGGGAAGCGAUGGAUCGAGAUGAACUCGAUCGCGAGUUAGCAUCUCCAGAUUUUAAUGCAGCAAUUAUGGUCAAUAAACUUAUUCCUAACGAGAAUGCCCUUGCAGAGACAGGAAAAAUCUUACUUGACCUCAGAAAAAGAGAAUAUAAAAUCAAUCAGUCGAUUAAGGAUGUUGUUCGUGACGACUCCGUAUUAGGAAACAAGUCAGAUGGAAUUUUAACAGAAACAAAGAAUUCGAUUGUUCAAUUAUCAGAAAAAAUCCAAAGAAUUUACAACCAAGCCAUCGAAACAGAAAAAGUUGUACGAGAAAUCUGUGGAGGAAUCAAACCUCUUGACAAUGCCAAGAUCAAUCUUACUAUAUCUGUUAGAGUUCUUCAACAAUAUCAACAAAUCAUGGCGUUAUUGAAAGAUUUAGAAGCAAACGUUGACGCGAAGGAUUACCCAGGUUGCACAAACGAUUUAAAGGCCUUAAAUGAAUUUUUCGAGAAAUAUGACAAAUAUAAAAAUACUCCACAGUUUGUUCCAUUAAUUAAACGGUACAAUCAACUUCGUGCUCUUCUUAGAGAAAAAAUCUCGCACGAUUUCGAGCUUGUUACCGGCAGAGGCCUCGUAGAUCAAAGUAACCUUCCAAUGUGCGCCUGCAUUACCGCAUUUGGCAAAGAAUUCCAAGAAGAAAUCAUUACACUACUCUGCCACAAGUGGCUCUACAUGUACGGAGAGACUUUUCGAAAUUCUACUUUAGCCGAAGCCAAAAACCGCUACAACUGGUUCAAACAGCGCUUAGAAGUCUACAAGAAGCAAGUAGGAGACGGUUUCCCCAAAGAAUGGCGCGUACAAUACCAUAUGACGUUAGAAUUUUGUAAAAUGACGGCUGACCAGUUCGAAACCAUCCUAAACAAGGAAGAUCCAAGCGUCAAAGAAUACCUGAAUGCUUUCGAGCUCACAGUUAAGUUUGAAGAGAAAAUGGCGUCCGCAUUCACUCAAUCAGUUGAAAUUCCAUUCGAUCCAAACGCCCAGAUGCCAGAGUUCGGCCAAGAUGCAGACGGUGUCCGCCAAAAGUGGGAAUGGCUUCAAAGACAAAAAGAAGGAAUUGGCGAAACGAAAUUACAGCCAGCAACAGAGUUUUACGGCAAGAUCGCUCACGCAUUUGCUCCUCAUCUCCAGUUAUACCUUGAUUACGAGAAGAAAUCGAUUUCCAAGAUAAUUCAAACCGGAAUUGACAACGCAAGAAAGGAAAUCGAUGCAGAAGAGCGCCAAUUAUCAUCAGCAACAGGUAUAGUGUUGAACAUGAAGGCGACUAUUGAUAAAUGCGCUGGUUUUGGCGUUGAUCAAUCUUUAUUGAAGUUAUUUGUUAUGCUUAAAGAGCUUUUGAUCCAAUAUAUCACAUCAUUGACGGGAGCUCUUCCAAGGAAACCCCAGAAAGAUAACGAUUUCGAGUUAAUUUCCUGUAUCGCAAAUACAUCUUCAUGGUUUUUGAACAUUGCGGACUCUUUGGCCGACAAAAUCAAGUCAAUCAUUAAUGAGGAGUACCAGGGCGGCAUAGUUGUCGAAGAUGUUAAAGAAACAAUCGGUGAAGAAUUAAGAAAACAAUUAGUUUACUUCGCUGAUGUAUUUAUGAAGGAAAACGAGUCAUACCUUAUGUCAAUUGGUGCUUGCACAUGGAAACCAAGUGACGCUGAUGAGAAAUUACCAAGAAAAUUGUUGGAUUCUUUCGAAUCUAGAUUUUCUGUCAUAAACAACUGGCUAACAAUAGACAAUCUCAAUCGUCUGAGAUCUACAUUUGUCCAGAAACUUGUCCAAAUCGUAAGAGAUUCGUUCGUGAAACAGAAAUUGAUUACAUUGGACCAAGCUUCGUCGAUUUCAUCUUGUUUGAAGGAGUUGAAGUCGACUGUGACAUACUGGACGAAGGGAGAUAGCCAGAUUGUUCAGAAGAGAAUCAACGCUGAGUUCCAGAACAUAGAAAAUGAAGUAACAAUUAUCAUUUCUCCUGAAGUUGCAAUGGCCCAAGUCUACGUCACAAAGAUGAAGAAACCAUCAAAGGAACACUUCCAGACACUCGUGAGAAUGAAAGGUCUCAAGGGUCAGGAAGAGGCAAAGGCAAUGGAGUCUUACCAGAAAGAACUCGCCGAACUCAACAAAUCAUAA